AUGGAGCAACACCAUAAACUGGCCUUGGAUAAGAGUUCGUUCCUUCAGGACGCUGAGCAGUAUCGGAGACUAGUAGGGCGUUUGAUCUACUUGUCUAUAACGAGACCUGACAUAUCAUAUCCAGUACACAUACUUGCACAAUUCAUGAAAGCACCAAGAGAGUUGCAAUGGGAAGCUGCAAUGCGUGUAGUUCGAUAUCUUAAAAGAACUGCAGGACAGGGCAUUUUGCUUAGUUCACAAGCUGAUUUCAAACUAUCAGUGUUCUGCGAUGCAGACUGGGCAGCAUGUCCAGUGACCAGGAGAUCAUUAAGCGCGUAUGUGGCUCUAGUUGGUGGCUCACCGGUGUCGUGGAAGACAAAGAAGCAGAAACUAGUGUCACACUCUUCAGCUGAAGCUGAAUACCGGUCCAUGGCGCAGGCAACAAGAGAAAUAAAAUGGCUGCGGGGAUUGUUAAGUGACUUGGGAGUGAAGCAAUCGAAGUCGUCUGAGUUAUAUUGUGACAGUAAGUCCGUUAUUUACAUAGCAGCCAAUCCGGUCUUCCACGAGAGGACAAAACAUAUCGAAUCAGACUGUCAUCAAGUGAGAGAUGCGAUACAAGCCGGGAUACUCAAGACUGUACAUGUUUGA